UUAUGUCAGGGGCGUGGUUAGAGGUAACUUAUCUUGUGGUUGGCCAGCGGCUGCGAGGGCUGGCGCAUAUGACCUAGAGGGGGAAAACGGAGAGUAGAGAGAAAAAUGAAGGUUCUGAAGCUUUUCAAAACGUUGCACAGGACAAGCCAGGUUGUCUUUAGGAAUGAUAGCAGAGCAUUGGAAGCUGCAAGACAAAAAAUUAAUGAAGAGUUCAAGAAGAACAAAAGGGAAAACUCUCCAGAGAAAAUAUCGGAGUUAGUCAAAGUUGGAGCUGAUGUUGAAGUACUCCUCCGAACGACUGUUAUCCAGGGAAUCCACACAGAUUCCAACAGAUUAGUGUUAACACCAAGGGAAGAAGUUCUUCUAGACAAUGUACCUUUCUGUGAUGGGCCACAAAAAUAAGACUUUUUAUUAUUUUUUUUAAUUUACAUAACUGCAUAUGACCAGCUGCAAAAUGUUUGCGAUACAGUGAUUGAGGUUUCUAAGCCUUGUACACUUCCAUCUGUCUCAGGCAGACUGUCGUAAAGAAAAACUGCACCAGGAUUUAUAAUGCAAAAUCAUUACUGCACAAGCUGUUACUCUGUUGUCCCUCAACCCUUUAGUACCUUUUGCUGCGUGGCCUUUUAAAUUCAGCGAAACUGAGAACUGCAUUUUCAAUCUUCAUUGUUCGGCUAUCAUUUUAGCAGCACACUUGUUAUCAUAUUUUUAUAAAUUUCCUUUAAAAGGUUAUUAAAUUAUUUUGCUCACA